ACCACACACCAAGAUGUCAAAGAAAUCGCUAGUAUUUGUAACCGGGAAUCAAAACAAGCUGAAAGAGGUAAGAUCUGAGUUUUUCUAUAUUUUAAAGGAAGCUUUGAUACGUGUCCAGCUUCUUCCUUAAUCCUGCUUCUGUCUAUUUCCUAGCUGUUUAUUGGUAUACCUGGCAGUGAGUCGUGAAAGUUUCUGUUGCACAAACACAUACAGCUUUAAGCUUAUGUAUAUCAAAUUCAUUUCAAACCUGGAGUGUUCCACCAGCGAUGGAGCCAGCCUCGAGCUCGCUGAGGCCAUUUGAUCCCAUCCAUAAUUCAGUUUAGACGUCGUAAAAUUAAAAUUUUACUGCUUGAACAGGGAGAUUCUCCAUCACAGGGCGCAGUUCUUUUGAAUGUACACUCAAUUUCGUCACAGGUCUUGAAUGUCUUUUUUAUUUUAUUUUAUAAGGUGGUAGCAAUUUUAGGGGAGGCUUUUCCAUGGAAAGUGGAGUCUAAAAAUAUAGACUGUAAGUAUCAAAAUUAUUAUCAUCAUUAAAGGUUACAGCUGCAGCCAACGUGAAGGCUGCAUAUAAUGGAUUUGAUUUGUACUAUUAUAUUUUAUGCUGCCCGUCUUCUAAAAAAAGAGCUAGAUGUGGGGAGACACACCAGCAAUGCAUAGUACAGGUGCAAACAUGUAGUCAUUAGAAUCUACUGCCAGGAUAUCAACUCAGGUGACAACCUGAAUUUUGCUUGCACCUAGUGAGGGGAGCAAGCUAGGGAAUUGGUACAGUGGUGAGAGCACUCAUGCUCUUCCCAAUAAGGAGGACAGGGUUCAAAUCCCAGCUUUAACGCCAUAUGUGGGUUGAGUUUCUUGUUGGUUCUCUCCUUUGCUCCAAGCGGUUUUUUCUCCGGGUACUGUGGUUUUUCCCUCUCCUCAAAAACUAACAUUUCCAAAUUCCAAUGUAACAAAGAACCACUCUGUGGAAGGGUUACCUGUAAACCGUUAAGUUGUGUGCUUGCACUGAUCAGCAUUCAGAGCAGUUCAACUGACAAAAAUUCUGAUGUUUGUGUCUCUAGCAAUAACCUGUCAGGCUUUAUGAACAUCAAAACAGCCCUUUCCUUACUAAAAAUUCAAAGGUUUGGCUCUUAAAUUAGUUGCAGUGUUAAUAGUGGCCAAUUAUUUAGAUACACGUUAUUUCUACACAGUAGUUUCAGCAUAUCACAAUAUGUAUGUACAUACAAAUGAUAUGUAAAUACUAUUUUUAUAGUACCUGAAUUUCAAGGUGAACCUGAUGACAUAUCAAGGGAAAAAUGUAAAGUUGCAGCUAGAGAGGUUGGUAAUUUUAAAACCAUAGAAAUGUAAAAAUAGAAAAUAAAGAAUGUGAAGAAUUUUUGUCACUUUUACAAGGUUUAUACAAAAUCUUGAAUUCUUGAAAAAGUCUUGAAUUUAAAUUUGCAAUGCAAUUUUCCAGUAUGGAAAAAGUUGCAAAAAGUCUGGAAGUUUUUUUCAAAGCUACGACAAGUGAUUAUAAGUUAAUUUUUUUCCUUUGCUUGGUCAAUCCCAUUCAAAUCAUUCAAUCUCUCCCAUAGCUAAGACAUUCAAUCACAGAAUGAGAAGUUUCAGAACUCUCUUAAUUCCGCGUUGCACCAUGGUUACUGUACAUUAUAAUGAUUAUCAAUGCAUCAUCUGUUGAUCACCUAUUCAAUAAUAGUCUAAUUAAAAAAUAAAUUAUUAUUUUUGAAAAAAGUCUGGAUUCAAAAAAGGUCAAUGAAUUUUGGAUCCAAAAACGACUGCUCGAACCCUGCUUUUGACUCAUAUUUUAGAACUUGAAAGAAAGUGAAUUACUGCAGUUAGUUACCUAUAGUUGUUUUGUUUACAUUUGUCAGAUUCAGGGUCCAGUGAUAGUUGAAGACACUUGUUUAUGUUUUUCUGCAUUGGGAGAUCUUCCAGGACCUUAUGUGUGAGUUACUGGUACACAAUCAGCAUAAUUUUUUACUUGUGACAUUGGCUGUCUUCCACUUCCCUUGCAUAUUUCUCUACUCAAUUGUAUUUUCUAGUUAUUUAUUCUUAUAAAAACUUAACCUUUGUCAAGCUCUUUAUAUUAUUGGGUACUUAGAGAUUAUUAUUCUCAUAUUGACCCUUCUCAGGAAAUGGUUCUUGAAGAAAUUAGGGCCUGAAGGUAGGCUUAAGGUGCAUUGCCUUACUUUGUUUUUGUUAUGACUUGUAUGUUAAGUAUGAAUGAUUAUUUUAUCCACUGUUUGACUUGCCUGUAACCUCAAACAAUCAUUUUUCAUGACCCAAAUUUGAGGUAUACUAAAAUUUGCAGUGAGUUAACCUCCACUCUCAGAAGUUCCAAUAAAAGUCAGUUGCUCACUUACGUCCAAGGGGAGCUGAGAGUUGCAACCCAGCAUUGUUGGACUGUUUGAGAAUUAGGUUAGCACUGAGUUGGUUUAAAUUGGUCAAGCCAUUGAAUUAGUUGUGUGCUGAUGACAGAGCUUUUUCUCCAUAAGGACAGACGGAACAGUUUAAGAAUUUUAGCCAUCACAAUGUGGCUUUGUAAUAUUGAGUGAAAUUAAUUAAUCAGUGAGGAACAGUAACUGUUGUGGAUGCACCAGAUGACAUCUAAUAAAUAUGGCUUGAAAUAUUAUUGUCUGGCUGUAAGUGUGUUGUUAACUGCUUUUUCAUCUUUAUACUUCUCAAGCUCAUUAAUAAUUCCUAAAGAAAAUUCAAAGGAAAUUAAUGUUUAAUGAGUGUUUGGAUAUCAGAUGAAAAACUGCUCAUUUUUGCAUCCUUAAUUUCUCCUUGAAAAAAGAUUUUGUUUGAGAAGAAAUAUCAAACAUUCGACAACGUGUUUCAUCACCAGAUGAAACACCUCGAAGUUCGUCAAAAAUACUCCGCUGCGCGUCGUAUUUUCAACUCUCUUCUCCGUGUUUCAUCUGGUGAUGAAACACUGCGUCUCAUGUUUGAUAUAUUACUUGAUGACUUACGUUUCUGUUAAGUGCAUCAAUUAGUACACUCAAUCAGAUGACUUUUUUAGGCAUCUGCCUAAUUGCUUCCCUCAGAUGUCUUCUAGUGUAAACUACGUCAUGUCUGAAUUGCUACUUUCCACAGCCUGUUUAGUUUAAUAUUUAUUAUCAGUGAAAACUUUCUUCAGUUUCCAAGAAUUAUACUUGUAUACAUUUAAAGUUUAAUUUAUCGCCUGGGAUUUAGUGGAACAGCUACCAAAGUUUGUUUAUUUUUAGGUUUGCACAGACUCUUAACAGGCUGGGAAGACAAGUCUGCAUAUGCACUCUGUACAUUUGCCUACUCAACUGGGAAUCUAAAGGACCCUGUCAUGCUAUUUAGAGGAAAGACAAUGGUAUUACACCAGAGACUACAUAAUCUCACUUAAGUUUUUAGCGAUAGUACUGGCCACCUUCUCAAAGUGAAAACAGAAAGAGAGCAUAAAAAAGAUAUUAGUCAUUGCACAUUAAAAACUAAAAACACUUGUAUCCCCUGUGUAGUAGGAGUUUCUGUUUGAGUUUGUUUCAGAAGUUGUAAUGUGAAUGAAAUAAAAUGGAAGAAAUUAAGGUCAGGGCUAGGCUUCUGAAACAUAUUCCUUAAUAUUUCAGGGUUCAGUUCAUUUGUAGUUUGUAUAUAGUAAAUACUAGAUAACUGUUUGUUAACAUUUACUCUCUUGAAAAUCAAAACACGAAUCACAGUACUGAAGCUUAACACACAAAAUCAGCAAACUGUUAAAGGAAGAAUCUUUGUGAUGCUGAACCCCCAGAAGGAUGGAAACUCUUGGUGAUCACUACUACUGAUUUUGACUUCAUUAAUUUCUUAAAGUUAACUCAAGCAUGUUUGUAAUUGCAUGUUUGUUUGGACUUGUCUCAACUACAUUGUAAUGAACCUCUCUUCUUUAAAGGGUAAAAUUGUUGAACCCAGAGGUCCAAGGAAUUUUGGAUGGGAUCCUUGUUUUCAACCUGAUGGCUUUGAUCAAACGUGAGUAUAAUAAUACUGAUGAAGUCCAAAUUAAUUUUGAGGAAUUUUUGCAUUGAUUAGUUAUGAUUUGUUGAAACUUUUGAUUUUACAGGUAUGCAGAGAUGGCAUCAGAAAUAAAAAAUUCUAUCUCUCACAGAGGCAAGGCUCUCAAAGCCUUAAAGGAGUACUUUGAGGAUGCAAAGGCCAAUGAUGACUUUCAGGAACCAGAAAAUAAGAGACCAAAAAACUUCACUGAUACAAAAUAA